AUAUCCACCAUUACAUUUACAUUUAAGCACUGUUUUAUGCAUGUGCCCUGUUUGCCCCCCCUGUACUUUAAGUUCGCGGAGCUCUUCAAAUAGUUUCAUUGAUUCGUUUUCUCUCCCUCCCUCUUGUCUCUCUCUGUCUCCAAUGUCAGAAACAGAAACUAAAAUUAUAUAAGAACCAAACCUCAUACACACACUUUUUCAAAAUUUCAAUAUCUUGCUUUGUUUUCUCCUUCCUCUCAAACAUGUCAACCCCUUCAUCAUCAUCAUCAUCAUCUUCUUCUAUUUGGGUGUUGUCUAACAUAAAGCUUCAGUUCUUUGCCCGCAUCAGAAGGUUUCUCCAAUCCAAAGCAACCAGAAAGCGUUGUGACCCCUCUGAUCGGUUUGACACAGCUAAGAGCAGAGUUGAACACAACAACAAGGUUGAAAAUCUUGAAACAGUUCACGUUAUGGAGAAGCAUAAGGAGGAGGAAGAGUCUGUGAUCAUGUUGCAGAGAACUGUGAAGAUGCUUCACUUUGGAAGCUGGGAAGAGAAGAUAGUGGCAGCAAAGGAGAUUGAAAAGUUAGCCAAGGAAGAUGUUAAGGUUAGUAAGUUGAUAACAGAACUUGGCGUGGUGCCGGUGUUGGUAUCUAUGGUGGCGUCGCCGGUGGCUAGCCGCCGGCGAGUAGGGUUGACGGCGUUGAUCCACCUAGCUGAUGGAACCUACACGAACAAGGCUUUGAUAGUUGAGGCAGGAAUAUUGUCCAAGCUGCCUAAGACAAUUGACCUUGUAGAUGAAUCAACAACAAGUAAAUUGGCAGAGAUACUUUUGUCAUUGUCAUCUCUUGCAAACACUCAAUUCCCUCUUGCUUCAUUAGACUUUAUACCGUUACUUAGAAACAUUCUUGAGACAGGCCCAAGUUUUGACACCAAAAGUUCGUGUUUAUGUGCCUUACAUAACCUAUCAACUGUGUUAGAGAAUGCAUGCCCUUUGGUUUCAAGUGGGGUGGUCCCUAUCCUCUUGGAUGUGUCCUCAAUAAAAGAAAUUUCAGAGAAAGCACUUGCCACUCUAGGGAACUUGUCAGUGACUUUGAUGGGAAAGAAAGCAAUAGAGAACAAUUCAAUGGUGCCAGAAACCUUUAUUGAGAUCUUGUCAUGGGAAGACAAACCCAAAUGCCAAGAGUUGUCAGUGUAUAUUUUGAUGAUUCUAGCACAUCAAAGCUCACUGCAAAGAAAGAAAAUGGCACAGGCAGGGAUUGUUCCUGUGCUUCUUGAAGUGGUUUUGUUGGGGAGCCCUUUGGCUCAGAAGAGAGCAAUGAAACUAUUGCAAUGGUUCAAGGAUGAGAGGCAAACCAAGGUGGGGCCACAUUCUGGUCCACAAACACCAAGAUUUGCAAUGGGGUCACCAGUGAAUCAAAGAGAAGCAAAAGAAGGGAAGAGAUUGAUGAAGAGUUUGGUGAAACAAAGUUUGCAUAGGAAUAUGGAAAUAAUAGCGCAGAGGGCAAAUGCAGCAGGGGAGUCUUCUAGAUUGAAGUCUUUGAUUAUUAGCACAAGUUCCAAGAGUUUGCCUUACUAAGGUUUAUUCUCUUUACUUCUUUUUUUCUCCUUAAAAUUUGAAGUUGACUCGGCUUUAGCAGUUUAGGGCUUUAGGCUUUGGUGAUAUGUGCUCUUGUUUGGCACCAGCCAUUGACGGCAUCACGUCAUGGGACAACAACGUGAAAAACUACAGAACGUGAAAAUGUCACCUUGAUUUUUCUUGCUAAGACAUUUGUAAAUGUUGACAGAUAUAAAUGAAAAGUUUCCAAUCAUAGGAACUCGUUGAAAAUGAGAAA